GGAAGCUGCCGCUGGUCCAUAACCUCUCUAUAUUAUCCACACUGGCUGGCAGCGGCUCCCCAGAGUUUCUAGCAGGUGACGUUUACGCACAGCUCUACCUGGAGCCGCCGAGGAUUGAACCUGGGACCCUCUGCUCUACCACUGAGCUACGUAUGACCCUUCCCAAAGUGGUCAGAGCUUCAGCGAAGAGCGCAUUUCCCCUCCCACCACUCGCCUUACUCCUCUACGCGAGGAGAGAGACUGGAGCUCCUUGGCUCUUCGCGUUACCUCCGCUUUAUCCAGGCCAUUCCGGCACGGACAGCCACAGCUCCCUCGCUUCUGCGUCUCAGCCAUAUCGCUAAACGAAAACUUAACCCGACAAAAAGAAAGACCCCGGGCCCUUGCCCGCUCUCGGCGCAGGGAGGAGCCUUACUGAGCUGCUUGCAAAAACAGCUGAAGCCGACCGGGAGGAGUAGUGUGGGAAGAACAAUGAGCUCGAGGUCGGCAGCCUUUGAUCUCAGCCCUCAACCACCAUAAGAUGCUUUAGUAGUAGAAGGCUUUACAUGUUGAGCCUUUGUGUCCUUACUCAAAAGUACCCCUGCUGUUAAAAUCCUCAUGCCUGCGCUAUCACCUACAAUGGAAGAAGGAAACAUAGUGAAAUGGCUGAAAAAGGAAGGCGAAACAGUGAAUGUUGGAGAUGCAUUGUGUGAAAUUGAAACGGAUAAAGCAGUGGUUACCAUGGAGUCAAGUGAUGAUGGCAUAUUGGCUAAAAUUAUGAAGGAAGAAGGCAGUAAAAAUGUCCACUUGGGUGCACUAAUUGGAUUGCUGGUAGAAGAAGGACAAGACUGGAAGCAAGUUGAAAUACCAAGUGACACAGGCGAUGCACCUUCUUUGUCUGCACCAGCAGCAGCAACAGCAGCUCCCUUUCCCACCCCGAGAGCUUCUGUAUCAUUGGUGCAAAAAGUAGAACACCAUCCUGGAAAACUACAGUUUCGGUUAAGUCCUGCUGCUCGCAACAUUCUGGAGAGACACGGACUUGAUGCAAGCAGUUGCACACCCUCAGGUCCUCGAAGCAUCUUCACUAAAGAGGAUGCCCUCAAGCUUUUAGAGCAGAAACAGAAGGGGAAACCUGUGGAAGUGAAGCCGGUGGUGUCUUCACUCCUUCCACAAGCUGGAGCACCUUCAGCCCCACCAUCAGCAACCACACCUCUUUCUGCUUCACGUCCUCCAGCUCCAGCCACUUCUGUCCCUGGUCGACCUGCUUCCAUGGGCGCAUUCACUGAAGUCGCUGCUAGCAAUAUUAGAAGAGUUAUUGCUAAGAGAUUAACAGAAUCUAAAACUACUGUACCUCAUGCAUAUGCAACUGCAGAUUGUGACCUUGGUGCUGUUAUGAAACUAAGGCAAGCACUGGCAAAAGAUAAUAUUAAAGUAUCAGUGAAUGACUUUAUUAUAAAGGCAACAGCAGUUACCCUCAAACAAAUGCCAGAUGUAAAUGUGACCUGGGAUGGAGAGGGCCCCCGGCAGCUGCAAUCUAUAGACAUAUCUAUUGCUGUGGCAACAGACCGAGGUCUCAUUACACCAAUCAUAAAAGAUGCUGUAGCCAAGGGAGUUCAGGAAAUUGCUGCUUCUGCAAAGGCUCUAGCUAAGAAAGCAAGAGAUGGAAAAUUGCUGCCAGAAGAAUACCAAGGAGGAUCUUUUAGCAUUUCAAAUCUAGGCAUGUUUGGCAUCAGUAGCUUCAUUGCUGUCAUAAACCCUCCUCAAGCCUGUAUCUUAGCUGUGGGACGUGCUCGGACAGAACUUGCCAUUACUGUGGAUGACGAAGGGAAUGAGAAACUUCAGCAACAGCAGCUCAUGACCGUGACACUGUCAAGUGAUGGUCGAGUAGUGGAUGAUGAACUAGCUUCAAAAUUUCUGGAGAGCCUUAAAGCUAAUUUGGAGAAUCCAGUCAGCCUAGCCUUGAGUUAAAAUUAUCAAAAUUUGGUCCUCAUCUUGGUAAGAUAUGGGAAUUGAAAAGGAGAUGAAAGAAAACCAGGUACAAAAGAUAAGAAGAUAAAUGUUUAGUGUGAGAUGGACAAUUAAAUGGCUUAUUUAUUUGACUUGACUUGAAAGACUUCUAGAGAUUUCCAGCUCUUGGCUUUUAUAUACUGAAAUACUGUUAUUGAACAUAUUGGAUAUAUCAAACUGUUUAAGAGCAAUUGCUAAGUGUACUCUAAUAGAUGGCUAUAUCAGAUGUAGAUGUCUUAAAUAAGCCUGAAUUGAUACAUCUGUGUAAGAAGGAACAAAACUAUCCUUUUCUUCAGGACUAAACUUUUUUUCAGAGAAAAGAAAGUAGAAGACAUUUUCAAAUGUCUUUUAAGUCUAGCCAGCCUUAGAAAUCAGCAUGCAAUUAGUCUGUGUCAAUUAUGCUGCUGUUUAAUAGGGAAAAAGAGUGUUCCAAUGAAAACUAGGAUUCAGCAAUGUGAAUCUGAGAACUUUGCUAGGAAUUUUUUUAUGCUGGUUCCUUGCAUACUGUAUACAUAAUGGAUGUAAUGCUUAUAUGAUAGUUAUGAGAAGUUAAGGAUAAUAGUGGGCCAAGUCUAAUUUGUAUAACAAAUACAAACAGGGAAAAUGUGUAUAAUUAUUUAUAACAAUUUAAUGUCUAGUGCUGAUUUCAAAAUACAAAUUGUAUUAAAAACACAACAAAUAUUAA